CCCCCCCCCGGACCAAGGUGCCAUUGCUCCUCCAGAGCUUCUUUCCCACCACGUCCGGUGGUGCCGUUGUCAUGAAUCCCGAUCCCCGUACACCCCUGAAUUCCGUCCCAGGCCCUUCGCCAUCGGCCAGCGAGACGCCCCCGGCCUCGCGGUCCCCGCAGUCCUCCUCGGCGCCCCGUCCACCGUCCAGCGUCUCGGCGCUGUUUGCAUCUUCGAGCAAGCGGGCCAGCGAUGCAUCGUCCAAGAGCAGCUCCGAGAGAAAGCCCGGGGAGGACUCGAAAAAGAGAGUCUCUGUCUCGGCCGCGGCCUCCAGCAAGCAGUCGACCUUGCGGGCCAACCACUACCACCACCAUCGCAAGAUGAAGAACCGCGGCCGGGUCUCGGUCAUGAAGCCUGCUGUCGCUCUGAUUCUCCUGGACACGGCAAAGGUCAGCGAUGCCGCUGCCAGCAUGGCUGCCAAGCGCCAGGACGCCGUCCUCAUCGUCAACUCGACCGGCCAGCUCGUUGGCAUCCUCACCGACAAGGAUCUGGCCUAUCGUCUGGUGGCGGAGGGCCUGGAUCCGCGCGAAACACCCAUAUCCCGGAUUAUGACGGCCAACCCCAUCUCGGUCUCGUCCCAGAGCAGCGCAACCGAUGCCCUCAACAAGAUGGUCGCCGGCCACUUUCGCCAUCUCCCCGUCGUCGAGGACGACGACGAGCUCAACGACACCGAAAGCGUCGGCUCGCUCCGGCGGUCCUCCAUCUCGUCCUAUCCGGAAUCCGUGGGCGGCUCGUCCUAUGCAGGCUCUUCCAACGGCGACGCGGACGAUUCCGCCCCAAGCAACAUUGUCGGUGUCCUCGACAUCACAAAGUGUCUCUACGACGGCCUCGAGCGAUUCGAAAAGAUCUACGAGCUGUCGCAGAAGCUUGGCGAAGACGCUGCUCCGUCGCUGCCAUCGGACCAGACAUCGGCCCUUUCUGGCGACCGAGCAUCCCGCGGCGCCGUCGAGGCCGGAAUAGCAUCUCCCAGCCCGCUGUCGGAUCUACGGUAUGCCAGGGCCAUCAGAAGCCAGCUCUCCUUCCCGACGCUGUCGUCGGUCCUCAAGAACGUGGAUAUCCCGCCCCCGGUCCUGAGCUUGCGCUCGACCGUUGCCGAGGCAGCCAAGAAGAUGCGCUCCACGCGAGAGACGGCCGUGCUGGUCUUUGACUCGGAUCCAAAGAACAUGUCACCGACUCUGGCUGCGAGCGGGGCUGGCGGCAGCCUUGCAGGCAUCUUCACCAGCAAGGAUAUUGUGCUGCGAGUUCUGGCCGCCGGGCUCGACCCAGCCACCACGACUCUGAUCCGCGUCAUGACGCCGCAUCCGGACUGUGUCACGCCCAACACCACGAUCCUGGGUGCCCUGCAGAAGAUGCAUGCUGGACGAUAUCUCCACCUGCCCGUCGUGGAUGACGACGGCUUUGUCGAGGGCCUCGUCGACGUGCUCAAGCUGACUUACACGAUCUUGUCGCAGCUCACCACGUCCCCUCCCGACAGCCGCGACGGCCCCAUGUGGAACAGCUUCUGGGAUGCGAUUCUGGUGCAGGCCGAGACAGCCCGGAGCACCUCUAUCCCAACAGUCCCGUCUCGGCUCUCGGCUCCCGAGCGACCGCCCCUCGACGGUGCAGCCCAGAAUGGUUACCAGCGACCCCGCUCGGCAUCGACGUCAUCCAACACCCGUCCCAACGGCGUGCCUUCGAACUUGAGCUCGAGCCCGGCCCCGGUUGGCUCAGCCUCGUGGGCGGCUCCACCAAGCACCACCCGUGUCAACGCCACGGACACCUCGAGCCUCCUCGACGGAGACUCGGAGCUUGGUCUGGCCCCGAGCGACUCGGCCUCGAUAACUGGGAGCCAGGUCCUGUCGAGCCUGGGCCGCCUGGGACCCGAUCGCUUUGUGUACAAGUUCAAGGAUCCCGCCACCGGCAGAGUGCACCGCCUCACGUCCAGCAGCAGCAAUCUGCAAGCCGUCAAGGACGAGGUCAUCGUGCGUCUGGCCAACAAGCGUGUCGACAAAGCGCCCGUCUCGGACUCUGUGUCGGUGAUCUCGACCAUGAGCUACUCUGCCGAGGUCACCGACCAGGAGCGGGCACAGCAUGCUUUUACCAUGAGCUACGUCGACGACGAAGGCGACCGCGUGUCUCUGUUUGUCAAUCGGGAUCUCGAGGACGCCAUUCAGACGGCCCGGCGGCUGGGCUGGUCGCGCUUGCUCGUUACCAUCACACGAGCUGCCUCUGCAGGCCAGCCCGACAGUGCCCUCCUUGCCGACUCUCAAGAGGCUCUCAAGUCCAAUGAGCCUUCUCUUGCCAAGCAAUCCGUGUCUGUGCCUGCGGCAUCGUCAUCGUCAUCACCGCCGGCGUCAUCAUCGUCCCGCCAAACCAGCCGGGACUCGCGAGACAAGUCCAAAUCCAAGCACAGCGACAGUGGACACAUCAGCGCCACCACAUCGGGUCUUGUCGUGGUUUCUGGAAUUGUCCUGCUCGGUGCAGUCUUGUUCGGCCGCAAUCUACUGCGAUGAAUCAGCCAGUGACGACGGUGUGCGAAUGAACAUGCGCCCGUGCGGCUUGGACUGAGCAGAGGAGCCGCACAACUUCCGGUGGCUUCGAUGAUCGCAAUCUUGCCUCAUAAUCAUGACCACCUCCCCCCCCUCAACUCGGGAGAAAAGAAAAGGAUGAAAAAACACAAACAGAAUGGCCUCUUUUGCUCGUGCCUGAAUAUGGCUAUGCGUGCCUGAAUAUGGCUAUGUUGCCCACCUCCAGGACCAGGCUUUUGGACUUGCUCUUCGAGUUCAAGGUCCAAAGCCCAAAGUCUUCUGAACCGUCCUCCUUCGACUUCUGACUUUUUCAGAUGAACGCUGUAUAUUGGUCUUUUUGUUUUUCCUUCUUCUUCUUCUUCUUCUUGUAGCUGAUUGCCCGCUCUUUUGAAUGGAAUAUACACUUCCAUUGUUCAC